CGUUAAACGAACGCUUUAUCACGCAGUCGAACAGCUUGCCCGCCGUGGUCAAGACGAGCAAAUUCGACGCUGCUGGUUCGCUGAGUGCGAUAUCUUGGAUCGGCGGGCGCAGCCUUACGUAGAGCAGAAACGCAUUUCCCCCCCAAAAAAGCUACUUUUUUUUUCUCAACCCUCGCUGCGCUACGUUGGACUCUGACCUCUUUUUUUUUGCAUCCCUAGCUUGACAGACAAACAAAAAAAAACCUCGAUUCUUCACGCGACGCCUUAGCUGUCGCCCUGAUUUUACAUCAUCCUGCUGCGGGCUCCACUGUGCUUGGUUUGAUAUCUAAGCACCUUCUGCCCCUCCAAAGCUGCAAUUCCUUCGCGACACAACCCCCCUCUUAUCAGCUUCAAGAGCUCACCCACCAUGGCCAACGCCCUCGACCACCUCAACGCCGGCCGCACGCGUUUCGAAUGGCUGGCUCAGCUGAAUACCGAGUAUACCCCUUCUCGAAACUACCGCAGAACGUCGAUUAUCUGCACAAUUGGCCCAAAGACCAACAAUGUCGACCGCAUCAACGAGCUCCGCAAGGCUGGUCUUAACGUUGUUCGCAUGAACUUCUCCCACGGCUCGUACGAGUACCAUCAAUCCGUAAUUGACAAUGCUCGAGCGGCAGAGGCGAAGAUGCCCGGUCGACCGGUCGCAAUUGCGCUUGAUACGAAAGGCCCAGAGAUCCGGACGGGUAACACGAUCGACGACAAGGAUUUUGAUAUUAGCGCCGGCGAUGAGAUUAUCAUCACCACAGACGAAAAGUACAAGACGGCCAGCGAUAACAAGAUCAUGUAUGUCGACUACAAAAACAUCACCAAGGUGAUUGAGAAGGGCAAGAUCAUCUUCGUCGACGACGGUGUGCUCUCCUUCGAAGUGCUCGAGGUGGUCGACGAACAGAACAUCAGAUGCCGGUGCAAGAACAACGGUAAGAUCUCGUCGCGCAAAGGUGUCAACCUGCCCAAGACAGACGUAGACCUUCCCCCGCUCUCCGAGAAAGACAAGGCCGACAUAAGAUUUGGCGUCAAGAACCGAGUAGACAUGAUCUUCGCGUCUUUCAUCCGUGCCGGUUCUGACAUCAGGGCCAUCCGUGAGGUGCUUGGAGAGGAUGGCAAGGACAUCCAGAUCAUCGCCAAGAUCGAGAACCAGCAGGGUGUCAACAACUUCGACGAGAUCCUCAAGGAGACGGACGGCGUCAUGGUCGCGCGUGGCGAUCUGGGCAUCGAAAUUCCGCCCGCACAGGUGUUCAUCGCGCAGAAGAUGAUGAUCACCAAGUGCAACAUCGCUGGCAAGCCCGUUAUCUGCGCGACGCAGAUGCUCGAGUCCAUGACGUACAACCCGCGCCCCACCCGCGCCGAGGUCAGCGACGUCGGAAACGCCGUGCUUGAUGGCGCCGACUGCGUCAUGUUGUCCGGCGAGACGGCCAAGGGCAACUACCCAGUCGAAGCCGUGACCAUCAUGCACGAGACUUGCUUGCUCGCUGAGAUUGCCAUCCCGUACGUCAGCCAGUACGACGAACUCAGACGCCUGGCUCCCGUGCCUGUGCCUACGGCAGAGACAUGUGCCAUGGCUGCCGUGAGCGCCAGUCUCGAACAGAAUGCCGGCGCCAUCGUCGUGCUCACCACCAGCGGUAGCACGGCCCGCCUGCUAUCCAAAUACCGCCCCGUGUGCCCUAUCAUCAUGGUUACGAGAAACGCACGCGCUGCCAGGUACGCACAUCUAUAUCGUGGUGUUUACCCGUUCUGGUUCCCGGAGGAGAAGCCAGACUUUAACGAGGUGCCGUGGCAAGAGGACGUCGACAGACGUCUUACCUGGGGUAUCGUAAAUGCAAUGAAACUCGGCGUUCUAAACAGAGGCGACGCGGUGGUCUGCGUGCAAGGUUGGCGUGGUGGUAUGGGCCACACCAACACGCUUCGCAUCGUACCUGCGACGGAGGACCUGGGUCUUGACCAGGACGCCUAGAUUAUUGUGUGGAUGUGUGUGUGCGCAAAGGAUUUUUCGGACGUAGAGCAUCCUCCUCCCCCCCUUUCCCCGAUUUCCCUCUUUUCGGGAAAACUCGCUCAUGGGAGGCGAUGUGACUGCCCAGUUUCCUCAUCGCAACCCCUUACCCCUUUGCAAUCGAAACGCGUCUAACCCACUGUCGAGCACAUCAAGUUGAAACGAGCUGUUUUGGAAAUCAAAGAUGAGAUUUUAGCGGAUAGCAGAAUUAGAGCUAUUUGCGGAAAUAGGUUUACCCUGCUACCUUUCUGAGGCGCCCCACUCCACACACACACACACAGUGAAUCAGCUUGAACUAAGUUCAUUUAUCUGACUCGUCGUUCGCGGUGGUGAACGUUGGCAGCCCAAGCGUUACCUCCAAAACACUAACUUAGCUUUAACGGUGUCGUCACGUUACGCAUCGGCUUUGGGUGACGGCGAGCGAACAGACGCACACACUCUCUCCGUCACUCCCUUACUCACGUUCCCUCCGUGCUGACUGCCGUAACUCCAGCAAUGAAGAAACGGAGGGUGUAGUGUGCUUCAACUUAAAAAAGGACGUCCCCACCAACGCGCGACUUGUGGAUUACGCUGCAGGAAUUUGACUUUCUCUUUAAUUUGUUUCCGUCCAACCACACGCGAAGCUUCUCACCGCAAAGAUGAAAAGAGCAAAAUGUCCAAAAGAGUGUAAGCAC